CACUGAAACAAUGCCAUAUCUUUCAUACAUUUUAUUCAUUUGGCAGGAUAUAUCCAGUCUAGGUUAUGCAUUUUGAAAUGGAGAUGACACUCAAGGAAGACAACCCAGAUUCUCCAAUGUCUAGAAUCUAUGAGAUACCUGGUGAACCUACAUUGGUUAUCAAUGGGGUGCCUCCUGUAUGUACCAGUGUCAAUGGUAGUCUUGUUCCCUACAAAGUUUGUUGUGACAUAGAUUCAAAAACAAAUGAGUCUUUGGGUGACUGGUUAGAAGGUAGAAAAGUUCAAAAGCUAUUUGGGAAAAAGUUCUUUCAUGGGGAAGUUACCAAAUUUGACAAAGAAUCGAAUUGGUAUAGAGUGGUUUAUGAUGAUGGGGAUUUUGAAGAUCUUGAAUGGCAUGAGUUGCAGGAAGUUUUACUACCUCUUGACAUCACAAUCCCAUUGAAGACAUUAGCAUCAAAAGUCAACAAGAGGAGGCAAGAACAUGAUAAAAAAUCUGGUAGAUCUGUGAGUAAACCCAAAAUCCACCAACAUAAAGGCUUGGAAUCCGAGGUUGAGAAAAUGGAGGUCUAGAU